UAAGCCGUGGACAACCGAUGAUUUCGUAAAGUCACUCAAUCAAGGCCUUGGCGAGACGGACAACCUCGUGGGUCUGGAAGAGUGGAUCAAACUAAAAUAUAACUCCACCAACACCUAUUUUGCUGCCAAAACCGAUGAAGCGCAGGGUCAAGUUGCACAGUAACCGCCACCUUUUGUCGCUCUUCUAAAAAAUCAUGCCACUUGUCCCCGCGAGAAUGUUUUUUUCUCGGCAUUCCGGCCCAAUUCACCAUUGGCCUCCUUUUCUUUUAUUUUGGUUUUUUUUCUUUCUCUCCAUCUAUCUUUUUUUUUAUAAAAUGUUGUUAGAAACGGUACGAGAGAUUUAUAAACUCUCUUUAUCUACCCCAUCCCUAGUUCAUGUUUGGCCAUUGGUUACUGCCACCGUUGUUAGCACCCUGAAUCGACCCAAUGAUAUUCCUCAAGUUUACAAGUUUGCUGAAGAAUGCAUCGAUGAAACCCAUACAGAUGCUACCUGGCGUCUAGAGAAAAAGCAAAUGCUAGUCACUCGGCUGCAAGAAGCGCUGUACAAGAGUUACGCUAUUGUUGGCUUUCCCAAAGUCAUCAACAGUUUGAGUACCUUGAGUCAAGCAGUCACCGGAGACGUCCGAUUGUCAUUACUUCGCAGAAACCCUAGAGAUGUCAGUUCGUGGGAACAAGUACUACAGCAACGUGCACGAGGCCGAGCGCUCUUUGACAAGAUUUACGAAUGUCAUGCAACGCGUGUCUACGACAAUUUAUCCGACGCGUAUCCUGAUUUGGCGGAAGCGGCCAUCAACCACAUUUACGCGCCUAUCCUUUCCGACGUUUCAAUCCUCGGCGAAAAAGAGACCAGUUUUGUGUUGGUGGCUGCGUUGAUAGCUGAAAAUUUGCCCAAACAAUUACGCGGGCAAUGGUACGGUGCACAACACAACGGUGCCACUUUGGAUGAACUACGACAGAUCCAAACCAUGGUUCAUUUGAUUUGCAAGGAAUAUAAUGUGCCAUGUGCAGAAAUAGCAAAAUAGCGAGCAUGUAGCAUACAUAGGUCGUUACUAUGCAUCAAUUUUUUUGUGGAUUGGCUGAGUAAACCCCCCCCCCCAAAAAAAGGGCCAUCCCGUCCAUGCAACUCCGCUUUUGCCGUUUCACGGCAUGCAAUGAAAUAAUACAGCAUGGCUUCAUCCCAUACUGUUGCGGAAAAGCUGAUUCACGCCAAGAAUGAACAAGCCAUAGGCGAGAUUUUGGAAACUCAAGCUCAAUGUU